GCGAGAAUACACUUCUUUCGAGCUGUUUUGCCUCUUGGAUAAUACAUAGACACCUACAACAGAUCAGUUCUCUCACAAUUGUGUGUUCUUCACGCUCUUGUGUAAUUAUCAAUAUUCGGUAUCAACGGCAAUAUUGUCAUCGUGUACAUCAUUUCCCACUAACAAUCGCAGGUUCAAACGCCCCGUCAAACGCCGUCGAGUCAGGGUGACUUUGCCUUUCGUCUUAAGGCUGUCUCUCAACUGGUAGGAGAUCCUCGAGUGUCGUCCGGUCUUAGAGACCACCCAAAAGAAGAACCAUGAAGCUCUGCGCGGACUGCUUGAAAGGCAAACGCCUUCCCGGAACGCCAGGAGGUGACAUGCUCAAAAUCGGCGUGACUGAUUGCUAUUAUGCUCGUGCAUCGGAUGCUGUCCGCACGCCCGCCGCGGAGAAGAGCGCCAUCCUAGUCUUCACGGACAUAUUUGGGCUGCCGUUACCGAAUCCCAAGAUUAUGGCGGAUGGGUUUGCAAUGGAGAUAGGGGUGGAUGUGUAUGUGCCAGACUUGUUCGCCGGACAUCCACCGAUCAGAGAGGAAGAUCUCCUCCCGUAUGAUCACACCGAGAUUGGGGUCAAGCCGCCGCUCUGGAAGAACCUGGGCUAUACGUGGCAGGUGCUCAAGUCCAUGCCGAACAUGAUGACGACUGGGUCACGCCCGAGUGCAGCCGGGAGAAUGAUAACGUUCGUUGAGAACUUGAAGAAAGAGAAAGGGGUUGAGAAGCUCGGAGUGGUUGGGGAAGCGCACACAUCUUGGCUUGUGGGCGGCGUUAUCGCCGAUCUGAUGCCCUACCACCUGUUCUCGAGUGCAGUCAUCUGUCAUCCUGGCGACUUUGAUCACAAGCUGGUGGACGAGAUAAACUUUCCUACCUCCUGGGUUACCUGUGAAGAAGAUGCGUUCUUUUCGCCCACUUCCACGGAGGAUGUCAACGAGCGCCUUGCCCGUCGGAAUCAACAAUUACGCGAGCAAGGCAAAGAGGCACCCGAGUAUGAGAUGAAGCGGUAUAUGGGGACUCGACACGGAUUUGCGUGCCGUCCGGCGCUUGAGGUCGAGGCCGUGAGGAAUGCGUGGGAGGGGGCUUGGGAGCAGACUGUGCGGUGGUUCAAGAAGACUUUGCUUUGA